AUGGACACACAUAACCUAACCUCCAUUGUGGACAAGAAUCGGCACCUGUGGCUUAAAGUAGAUAACUUUGCAUUCGCUGUACGCACUGAUCUGGCUGACCUCCUGGAUGGCAUUGGCACCAUUGUCAUCGACUCGGCUAAACAUCAAACGGCUGAAACUCCGUAUGACUUGCGGUUCGACCAGAAAGCGUUACUAUAUAUAAAAUUGGCCAACUUCACACGCGAAUUAUUUCAGUCUGUACCUGGUGCUCAACAAGGGCAUCAUGUUGGUGAUUUGACCAAAUUUGCUACCGCGUUUUCAACCUUAAUGAGCUUGGUGAAUGAGAAUAUUAAUGAGUCCAAUCAGCCGGGUAUGCAGUUUUGCGGCAGUCAAUGGGAUGAUGACGUGGAAUGGGAGGUUAUCCGGGCAAUAAACAUUCAAUUGGAGUUAGGCCUAACCUCAGCCAAUGGAGACGGCAUUGAAAAGCGACACCUAUUCCCAUCACCAUUAGAUCUAUUAAACGGUGCCCUUAAGCCAAUACAGUCUAUCAUACAUCCCAGUGCCGGACGGACAGGUGGUAAUAGGCCUGCCGUUAUAAACGUGGAAAUCGAGCAGUUGUUGAGAGACGACAGUCGCCUCCAUUUGGCCGCAGAUUUCAACAACACUUUAAGGCAACUAAACGUCGACGUAAGCAAGUUCUUGGCUGUUGACCCCACUCAGCCUGGUCAUAGGGAAAUUCACCUGGCGUUCACGCCGUACGUAAACACCGCGUUAUCGGUGGAUAAGCACUCGAAAUGUGACGGAAACGCGAGCAUAACUGCCCUCUAUUUGAACACUACAUACGCGACAGACAUGGCGUGCAGUGGCUAUCAUUACAAACAAUUUCCCUUUGAGUACACGAUUGACGUGAACGGACAGCCGGAAGUCCUACCCCUCGCCGCCAUGAAUCAGGCCAUGGCGUCGGUGAAC